AUGCACGAGCUCCUGCUCUUCGCCUCGGUCCCGGUCCACCAGCAUCAUGAGCUCUUGCAGCAGCUGGCGGGCCUGACGGCCAUGCAACCUCGCCACGCGCUGGAGCGUCGGCUCAUCUUCAAGGCCUUUCGCAAGCCCGGCGUGAUCACUGGCCGUGUGGGUGGCAGCCAAGAUCUGCAACAGGCCAAUGCGGCUGAUCUCCAACGGGUGAACAAGAUGCUCAACGGGGGCAUGUUCUACACUCAGGUCGUGGGCCCCGUCUUGGAGAAGGAUUUCGCGGCCGCGCCAUCCAACAUGCCCUCGUCGGAGUCGGAUCGCGACACGCAGAUGGCCGGGAUGGAGGACUCGGGACCACCUCCUGCGGGACCGUCAACCUCUGACACAGCUGCCACUGGAUAUGACUUUGACCAGCAGCCAUGGAAGCUGGAGUUUAGAGACAUCCCCGAAGCUGCGACGCGUUCGGCCGUCACAACGCGGUUGAUGGCUAGUGCCGCCCUGCCUCGCGGAAACGUCGAACCAUCGAUGAAUGCAUGGGGAUACGGAUUCGUGACGGAGUACCUCGUUGAGGGCGAUGUCUUCAUCCACAAUGACAUCGUGAUUUUCCUGCAUCGCAUCCUGCACUACCCAGCAGGAGAGAGGGAGCCUCGGGAGCCCCGGCGAACCCUGCCCGGAUUGAAGGAGAUGGCACCGUUGGAAAAGACGGGCAGCUAUGUCCUCCAGGCCUCUAUCACUGUUCAGGAUGGGAGCAACCAGGAGACCAUGAAGAUGGCAUCUCAGCACUUGCUUGGGUUGCGGGAACAGCUCAAGUCGGCAGUGCGGCUGGAACCAGCGGAUCGCCUGUCCUUGGACACGCGGGCCAAGUGA